AGAGCAGAGCUGGCAGCUUGAUCACUGACAAGGACAAUCACUCAGGAGCAACGUUUAGAAACGUCUCAGCAUGUGCAGAGGACUGGAUUCACUGCCCAUCACCUGCCUGGAAAGGGCAAAGGAGCUGAGGGCGUUGUUUGGAAGCUUCCUGCAGAAGUCAGACCACAACCUGAAGAAAAGUGAAAAGUUAAAAUUAAGUGAUGUAAAAGAGCUGCUGCAGUGGAAGGAGUCGUUUGACCAUCUGUUGUCCAGCCAAAAUGGACUGUGCCUGUUCAGGGCGUUCUUGGUGUCGGAGUUUAGCGAGGAGAACAUUGCCUUCUACCUAGCAUGUGAGGACUACAGAGCAACCAAAGCCUCAAAACUGGCCCCAAAAGCAGAGAAGAUCUACAAGGAGUUCAUCGACUCCGAUGCACCACGAGAAGUGAAUCUAGACUAUGCGACUAAAGCAGUCACCAAGGAGAACAUGGAGCAGCCCAGUCAGUCCUGCUUCGACGAGGCACAAGCUAAGAUCUACAUCCUGAUGGAGAAAGACUGCUAUCCCCGUUUUCUCAAGUCCUCCAUGUACCUGGAGCUGACCAGAAAAACAAGAACAGGCUAAAACUGGGUGGAGGGGACUGUCAUUUAAAUGGACGACACAAGUUCUCCUUAAAGGAGCGAGGGUUUACUGACAGAGGAGUCAGGAACGGUUCGGAUGGAACAAAAACCCUGAAACGACGGAGUUUCCUGAUGAGUCGUGGAGUUUUUUUACUGAUCCACAGACUGAUCGGGGUCUAAGCUGGAAGCUGAAGUCCACUUGAAGCUGGGAGAAGAAAGUCGCCCACACGAAGAGACGUGUGUGCUACACGUUAAAGACUGAAGGACGUCAGAGUGGCUUCAGAUAUGAACUAAAAAAAACAAGCAAGGACCGAACC